AUGUUCAAGUGUGUGGAACCAGGAUUCUCGUUCAAAUCCCCUUCCAAUAUUUUGAUUGUGGGCCCUACAAGUUGUGGAAAAACCACCUUUCUCCAUGACCUGCUUUUAGAAAAUUUAGACCUCUUUGACGAAAGAUCGCCCCGCGUGCAUUACUGUUAUGGAUCCUGGCAAAAUAAGUUUGACGACAUGCAAUGCCAUGGCAUAGAAUUUUUUAAAGGAGUGCCUACCCACGACGAUUUAAUAACAUGAUUUGGAGAUAAACGAGGGGGUAUUCUUGUCUUGGAUGAUCUCCUGUCGGAGGGAGGAGAUGACAGAGAAAUACUUAAUCUUUUCACACAAUAUUCUCACCACAUGAAUGUCACCGUGUGUUAUCUCUGCCAAGACAUGUUACCUCAAGGAAAAUAUGCCAAGACCAUCUCCAGGAAUGCGCAAUACAUUAUUGCCUUUAAAAAUCCUAGAGAUAAAGUGGCAUUGCACACCUUACUGCUACAGAUAUACCCGACCAAGUGGCUACCUGUUAUGGAUAUAUAUAAUGCAUGUAUGGACAGACCCUAUGGUUAUUUAUUAUUUGACGUACACCCUGCAAGUAGAGAUUCUACGAGACUUUUAAGUCAUUUGUUACAACACGAAGGGUGUGUACGCUGUUACAGAGAGAAAUAA